GAGACGCUCGGGCCUACGGACUCGGCCCGGCCACACGCGCGCAGGCGAGAGAGCUAACGAGGGAAGGAGCUUGCCUUCUCCCCAUACCCACACCCACGCUCACACCCACGCUCUUCCUCACCCACAAGCCAAAAUGUACGUGGGCUACCUGCAGCUGGACAAGGACCCCUCCAUGUACCACCAGAACCCCGGCAGCAGACAUCCGGGUCUCGGCCUCAGCCCGCAACACUUUCCGAUGCCCGGCCCGGCCCAGUACUCGGAUUUCGCGGGCUACCACCACCCCCACCACCCUCACGGCCUCGCGGCAGACCCCCACCUGCAGGCCCAGCAGAACGCACCCGGCAGCGGGGCCGGCUGGAGCCCGGCUUACCCGGCCCCGCCUCCGCCUCCUCUCCCUCAUCCGCCUCCUCACCCCGCGCAGCCCACCCGUGACGAGUGGGCAGCGCACCACUACGUGGCCGCCGGAGGCCCCAACCUUGGCUUCAGCCCUCCAGAGUUUGCCGGGCAGCCGCCGCCACCGCCCCCGACACUUCUGGCCGCAUCCCUCAACGCAUCGGCCGGGCAAGGCUCGACCGGAUCCCCGCAGAGGAGGAACGCCUACGAGUGGAUUCGACGCGCCUCCACGCCGCUCGCCAACCCCAACGGGAAGACGCGGACAAAGGACAAGUACCGUGUGGUCUACACGGACCACCAGCGUCUGGAGCUGGAGAAAGAGUUCCACUACAGCAAGUACAUCACCAUCCGCAGGAAGGCGGAGCUCGCCAGCGCCCUCAGUCUAUCAGAGCGACAGGUGAAGAUCUGGUUCCAGAACCGGCGUGCCAAAGAGCGCAAGAUCAGCAAGAAGAAGCAACAGCAGCAGCAGCAGCCUGCCUCGUCGUCGUCGUCCUCCGGCAGCGUCGCCAUGGUGACCAGCAGCAGCAGCGGCCUGGUGUCUCCGUCCGGCCUGGUGUCGCCGUCUUCGCUGUCCAUCAGCAUCAAAGAAGAGUUUUGA